AUGUCGUGGCUCCGCGGUGGCGCACAGGAGUGGAACCAAAAGUUCAGCGACACGUUGAGUCGCGCCGCCAGUUCGGUACAGCGCUUGGCAGAGCAGGCCGAGCUGACCCAGCUGGGCGAACACUUCUUGGCGUCAGCGCAGAACUUGGCGGAGCAAAGUGAGGCAGCUUGGAGCAACGUUGCCGAUAAGGUGACUGGCGGUGUGUCAUCUUUGGGUCUCACAUCAGAGGAUUCACCCCGUCGCAGCAGCGACCUGGCGCAGCAAUUUGUGAAAGAGGCCAAGCAGUUGGAGUCGUCAGGCACCGCACGGCUGAUGGUGGCGGACGUGGCUCAAGUGCUGCAUCUCUGGCAGGAGCGUUUGAGCGCGUCGUCCGCGCCGUCGGCGUCGAGAGGGACCAGUUCCAGACCUGCAGAGCCGACGGCGUUGAAAGCCCUGUUGCAGAGCAAAGCCAUGCACUUGGCGCUGACGUCCCUGACCCGGUCCCGUGCAGGUGCGGGGCGGAGAUGGGCGGAGCGGCGGAGCCCGGAGCCGCCACGACAUGGCAUCUUCAUCAACAAAGCCGUGAUGGAAACGGCAGUUGACGCCUGGGCUAGAUCUGGAAGGUGUCAAGAGAUGCAGGGUGACUAG